GUCUACUUUUUACUCUAGAAUUUCACAACAAACGGUCACAGUCGGCAUUAAAAACAAAUUUAUAAGAAAUGAAUCUGAAACAUUUCUGCUGCGUAGUUUACUGGGCAAGCCUCUCAAGCUCCUGCCGACGGGCCACUGUCACUGCUGGCUCUGCAGCGAGAAGUGCCAUCUUGUCAGCUGAAAAUUUCAAAAUCUUUGCAGGAGGAAAGAGAGACGGAAGAUCAUUAAGGAGAUGACACUCGACAGUCUGUUUGCACACAUUACGCACGAAGGUCUUCCGAGCGACCUAAUGAUAAAUGUCAGUCC